UCUUUUGAGGGUCGUGGGCAGACGCCAUUUUGGCCCUAGAGGUGCUUCUGGGAAGUAGAGCGCGGCUCUCCACCCUUACCGGCUACUGAGGCACUGCUUUUUCUGGAAGCUGGGUCUUCCAGGUCGAAGAGUCUUCCUCUGCCGUCUCCCCGCGUUCUUCUUCGGGCCGUCGAGCGAGGCGGGAGCCUCAGGAGCAGCGGGCCGCGCCGUCGAGGGGUCACUCCGCCAGGAAGGACGUGACGAGGGCGGCGCGCGGCGCGGCCACUCCCCGCCCAGAGCCCGCCUGCCAUGGACUUGGAGUACUAUGGCGGUGACCAGUCAGAUGAUGGUGGUGCCACCCCAGUACAGGAUGAGCGGGAUUCAGGGUCAGACGGUGAGGAUGACGCAAAUGAGCAGCACUCCGGAUCCGACACUGGAAGUGUAGAGCGACAUUCAGAGAAUGAAACAAGUGAUCGAGAAGAUGACUUGACCAAGAGACAUCCUGGGACAGACUCUGAAAACGAUGAGCCCUCCAAUCUUAAUGCUAGUGACUCUGAAAGUGAGGAGCUUCAGAGGCCAAAGGACAGUGACUCUGAAUCGGAGGAGCAUGCAGAGCCUCCGGUCAGUGAUUCUGAAAACGAGGAUGCCAACCAACAUGGGAGUGACUCAGAGAGUGAGGAGACCAGGAAACUUCCUGGGAGUGACUCUGAAAACGAGCUUCUUAAUGGUCAUGCAAGUGACUCUGAGAACGAAGAGGUGAGAAAGCAUGCUGCCAGUGACUCUGAGGUAGAAGAGCUCCCAAAGAGUCCUGCCAGUGACUCUGAAGCUGAGGACACCCUGAAACCUCAGGCCAGUGAGUCUGACAGUGAGGAGCCUCCAAGGCCCCAGGCCAGUGACUCAGAAAGUGAGGAGCCUCCCAAACCUCAGAUGACUGAUUCGGAAAGUGAGGAGCUUCCCAAACCCCGAGUCAGUGACUCUGAAAGCGAGGGUCCCCCAAGGCACCAGGGCAGUGACUCUGAAAACGAAGAGCUCCCCAAACCCCGAGUCAGUGAUUCAGAAAGUGAGGGUCCCCCAAGGCACCAGGCCAGUGACUCUGAAAGUGAGGAGCCUCCCAAACCUCAGAUGAGUGAUUCAGAAAGUGAGGAGCUCCCCAAGCCCCGAGUCAGUGACUCUGAAAGCGAGGGUCCCCCAAGGCACCAGGCCAGUGACUCAGAAAAUGAGGAACUUCCCAAACCCCAAGUCAGUGACUCUGAGAGUGAGGAGCCUCAGAAAGGACCUGCAAGUGAUUCUGAAGCCGAAGAUACCUCCAGACACAAAGAGAAGCUGGUGUCUGGUGACAGAGACGGGGAUAAUAAGAGGGAAGAUUCUGAGGUGCAGAAUGAAUCGGAUGGCCAUGUAGACACAAAAAGGUUCCACAGCUCUGACAGCGAGGCGGAUGAACCCAAAAGGCAAAAAGUGGACAGUGACGAUGAGGAAGAGAAGGAGGGGGAAGAAGGGAAGGCAGUAAAGCGAAAGGCGGCUGUGCUUUCUGACAGUGAAGAUGAGGAGAAAACAGCAAAGAAGAGUCGUGUUGUCUCUGAUGCUGACGACUCUGACAGUGACGUUGUAUCAGAAAAGUCAAGUAAAAAAGAAAAGACUAUAGCAUAUGACAGCGAAGAAGAAGUAGGGAAAGAUGAAUCAUCUGUUAAGAAAAAUGAAGAGAAGGAUCUGUUUGGGAGUGAGAGUGAAUCGGGCAAUGAAGAAGAAAAUCUUAUUGCAGACAUAUUUGGAGAAUCUGGUGAUGAAGAGGAAGAGGAAUUUACAGGUUUUAACCAAGAAGAUUUAGAGGAAGAGAAAAGCGAAACACAGGUAAAAGAAGCAGAAGAUUCAGAUUCUGAUGAUAACAUAAAGAGAGGAAAGCAUAUGGACUUUCUGUCGGAUUUUGAGAUGAUGCUGCAACGAAAAAAGAGCAUGAGUGGCAAGCGCAGACGCAAUCGCGAUGGCGGCACCUUCAUCAGUGAUGCAGAUGAUGUUGUGAGUGCCAUGAUUGUCAAGAUGAAUGAAGCCGCUGAGGAAGAUAGGCAGUUGAAUAAUCAGAAAAAGCCAGCACUGAAAAAAUUAACUUUAUUGCCUACUGUGGUUAUGCACCUUAAGAAGCAGGACCUUAAAGAAACAUUUAUUGACAGUGGUGUGAUGUCUGCUAUCAAAGAAUGGCUCUCGCCUCUACCAGAUAGGAGUUUGCCAGCACUGAAGAUUCGGGAGGAACUGUUGAAGAUUCUUCAAGAGCUACCUAGUGUGAGCCAGGAGACCCUGAAGCAUAGUGGGAUUGGACGAGCAGUGAUGUAUCUGUAUAAGCACCCCAAGGAGUCAAGGUCCAACAAGGACAUGGCAGGGAAAUUAAUCAAUGAAUGGUCUCGACCUAUAUUUGGUCUUACCUCAAACUACAAAGGAAUGACAAGAGAAGAAAGGGAGCAGAGAGAUCUAGAACAAAUGCCUCAACGACGAAGAAUGAGCAGCACUGGUGGUCAGACACCACGAAGAGACCUGGAGAAGGUGCUGACAGGAGAGGAGAAGGCUCUUAGACCUGGAGAUCCUGGUUUCUGUGCCCGGGCCAGGGUCCCAAUGCCUUCAAACAAGGACUAUGUUGUCAGGCCCAAAUGGAAUGUGGAGAUGGAGUCAUCAAGGGUUUUUGCUGUUUCUACUCAACACAGUCACACCUUGAAUGCUAAGUGGAAGACCUUAGAACAUCUGUAAAGCUAGUAUCCUGAUGAAGAGCCCCAGUGGGGCACACCUGGGCAGGAGAUGAGAUUCAGCCACACUUGUACACUUGUACUGGUCCUGUGUGAAAGUCUUGAACCUUGUCCACUAUUGGGUUUAACUUUUCAUAGGACUUGGCAAAGGCCUACUUGUAGAAACUAUUAGAGCAAACAUAGAUGAGAGAAGGGCCAAUCUGACAGCAAGUCCAACUUUCCAAGCAGAUAUAACUAUUAGUAUGUUCUGACCCAGCCAACUUGAAGUUAGGUGUACUCCUUAGGGAAAGAAGUGUUAUAGGUAUGAACCAUAUUAGAUAGAUUCUCUAUACGUGAAGUUCAGAGUUUUGCUGAGCUAAUAGACUGCUGCCUCUAAACCCAGAAGGAGCCUUCUCACUUGAUGAGUAGGCCUUUUGUGUUGAGUUACAGUAGUAGCCUGGAUCCACACCAGGUGAUGUUUUGGGGCAUCUCAGAAAUGCAGAUCCUGUAGCCAAUGUAGGAUAUGGGAACAUGAGUGGAGUACCACACAGUGGUCCAUCUCAGGAUCUCUCAAAGUCUGAAACUGUAAAACCUUGACCCAUCAGGCUUACACCCUUAGAAUUCUCAUCAAUAUCUGGGGAAGGUUUUUUUUUUGUUUGUUUUUUUUUUUUUGAUGUAGAACUGCUCUAUUUGAAUAGGUGAGAGUGCAGACCCAUUGAGGUUUGUGCAUUUAUUUGAAAUGGCUUCAUUUGACCUCAUUAAGACUGGAACAUUUUUCUUUCUACAGCAUUUUAUUCAUUUGUUUGGGUUUUUUUGUUUUUGCUUGUUCAAUUGUUUUGGGGACAGAAUCUCACUAUGUAG